AUGUUGGACAUUGUCAAACGCUUGAUUGAUGGAAAUGUUGAAAAUAUGAGUGAACAGCUCUCGGUCGUUCAAAAUGCGGCUGCAGCACUUUAUGAGACAUUUAUGCCAAAUAAAUUAAAUUAUGAAGCUACGACAAUUAACGAAGAAAAAUUGAACAACCAAACAUUUUUGAACCAGAUUCUUUACAAUCUUUUGAAGGGUGUUGAAGAAGGUAGUGAAGUUGAUAAUGAGACAAUGGCAACUGCAAUCGCUAUUUGGGAGUAUUUCAUUUUUAAAUUUGAAAUUCCAUCAAAUACCGAAUGUAACAGUGACAUGAAUACUAGCGGAAAGAAAAAACAUGCCUAUUCAUUUAACAAAAAACAGUCACAAAAUCGACAUAAACGCGCUCCUUGUGAUUGCCCACCUGAAACACUAAUCGAAAUAUGUAUGAAUAUAGUAUUUUUUGUCCUUCUUAUGAUGGUUUUCUUACCAAAGGUGCAUAUUGAUUAUUAUUUACCCUAG